AUGUAUAGAGAAGAGAAUAGAUCAUUGUUCAAUAAAAAGGAAAAAUACCUGAUUAACAAAAGAAUAAGAGCAUUUAAAUUAUUGCUCUAAGAGAAUUUGAUUUAAAAAAUAGUUAAUGAAAAAGAUUUUCUCGAUCAAAUGGAAAAGAAGAGCUAAAUGAGCUAAGAGGAGAAAGUAGCUUUCAACAUAAAAUACGCUCCUUUAUAUAAUAACAUACACUAAGAAUACAGAAAAUACUUAGUUAAUAAAAGAUAAAAAAAAAAUACGAAUUAAAAUAGAGAAAAUAAUCCCAAGCACAAUCAAUUACUGAAAGAGAUGUAUUGA